GGGGAGGACUGUGCCCUACAAUUUUUGCGCGAUUUAGAUGAUCUCACGGACCUCCCGGACACAGAGGGUGAACGGGAGAUUCUCGUGGUGUUUCACAAUUUGAAAGGCUUCGACGGCAUGUUUCUUCUCCAUGAACUGUACCAGCAACAACGCGAGGUGGUGGAUCAACUGACCGUGGGCGCUAAAGUGUUGUCUUUCAAGAGCGGACCCGUCAAAUUCAUUGACUCGUUGUGUUUCUUGCCCAUGCCACUCGCCUCUUUUCCCAGCACCUUCAAUUUGACCGAAUUAAAGAAGGGCUUCUUUCCUCAUUUGUUCAACACCCUCGAUCACCAACAGUAUGUGGACCGCAUCCCCGAUUUGGAAUUUUAUGAUCCCGAGGGCAUGAUGGCCAAAAAGAAAGACGAACUGACGCGUUGGCACGCGGACCAAGUGCGUCGUAAUGUGCCCUUCCAUUUCCAGCAAGAAAUGAUCGAGUACUGCAAAUCGGAUGUGGCUCUGUUGAAAGCGGGGUGUGAAGCCUUUCAACAAGAAUUCGAA